AGGAUGGUAUAGAUAUUGUUAUUUAUCAACGAUUCGAGCUCCGUGUGCCAACAGACAGUUUCAUCAGCAAUGAAGAAAAGCCAACUUAGCAGUUUAUUUGACGAGGAUGCCAGCUCUUCUGACAAGUCGCUGUUGACAUACCAGCGACCACACCCCCCUGAAACAGGCCAAACUGACAAUUCUCUCCCCUCUGCAAAUGUCUCACCAGUACUGCCAUCCACAAAACACCCCAAUGGCGCUGAGAUUUCCAAUAUCCCUGAAAAAUCUCAAGAUGAUAGUCAUUUGACAUCUGAGACAGAUGGAAGAAAGUCUUCAUCUUCAGACCAUUCUCCAACUGCUGGAGAAAGCAGCACUCCUGAGCUGCUGCACUCAUCUGUUGUCGCCGCGUUCACCUUCUCCGGCUCACAGAGUGUGUCACUCGGCUCCUUGGGGUGUGCUGUGUACUGGGAGCGGUCCCGCCGCAGGUCUGUUCUGGUGCUGUACCGCAGCCAGCAGCAGCAGAUCUGUCUGCUGACGCUCACAGCUUCCUCCCUGCCGGCCAUCCAACCACACAACUACGUCAGCUUCUGCUGUGAUGCUGGCCGCCAGUACAGCAUCCAUGUGGCGUCACAGGAAGCUCUGAAGGAGUUUGUGAUGAAAGCUGUGCUGGCUGCAGCACAGGCCGUGGAUGGGAGCAGCCCAGUGGCACUUCUGCUUGCCUCCGAGGACCACACGAAAACCGCCGGCGGACGCUGCGCGCGGGAGGGCGACCAGCUGACCCUCAACGUGUCGGAAUGGGGCGUGCAAGACCCGCGCUCACGGCCUCUGCGGCAGCUUCACAGCCCGGUGGACGACUCCGGGCCGCUGCUCGGCUCGUGGAGGUCCUCCCUGCGCGGCGCCCGGCCCGGCCAGCGCUGGGUGGUGGCUGAUCCCACCUCACUGGGGGUCGUGAGAGAGGUGUCUGUGACGGGGGUCCGUCCGGCGCCGCGUCGCCCUCCUCUGCGGCUGCCGACCGACGACGGAGGCGACUGGAGACCGGGGGAAGAACCGGAGGAGGAGCUGGAGGAGGCGGAGGGGUGCUUGACGCCCGAGUCUCCGCCGUCACCGCCGUCCUCACCUUUACUACCAGUCGCUGAGCGUGAUCGGACUGCGUCAGAUGUCAGAGAAACCAACAAUGAAGCCUCAUCACAGCAUCAUGGUGGUCGAGAUGAGGGUCAGGUUGCUUCAAAGGCGAAGGGACGCCCGGACGUUCUGGCGCGGAUGGCUCGGCUGGGUCAGCAGAUGUUCCCAGUGAUGGGGAAGGGGACGUCUCCCUCUCCACCACCCUCGCCACCGCCGUCUCCUGCUCGUCGUUCGCCGACUCCAGCCGUCCGCAGUUCAUCCCCGCGACCCCAGUCGCCUUCGGAAACCCAGAAGACCUCCUCAUCCGGAAAGGAAGUAUCGGGAACGACGGCGGCUUUAGCGUCGGAGGUAGAGGGAGGUCCAGCGUCCAGGAGAAAAGGAAGAGCGCCCGGCGGUCCGAAGCCGACCGUGACCGGCCGCCGUCCUCCGGUCCGCCUUCCUCCCUGCGCCCGUCCACCUGUGGCCGCUCGAGCGGACGGCACUGAGCUCGGCCUGCUGCUGGGACGGCUGGAGGCCAAGCUGGAGACGGUGCUGACCCGUCUAGAACCUCCCGUCGGUGUGGAAACCGACGCGGAAGCACUGGCGGCAGGCGUGCGCAGGCUGGCGACUGAGAACGCCGCGCUACGUGAGGCGUCUCGGGGAGCUGAUAGAGCGACUGAGCUGCGUCUGGAGGCGGAGAGAGCGCGUGCGGCGAUGACGUCCGAGCUGGCAGACUCGCUGGCGGCGCUGACCGACACCAAGAGGAAACUGGCUGAGACGGAGCGACGACUGGCGGCAGCAGAAGAGAAGGCUGUAGCGGCAGAAAAACGCGAAGAAGAGCUUAGGAUGAAGCUGACAGCUGCACAGUCAGCUUGCACUGCUGCGGGGAAGGAGACCCCAGAUGCAACACGGGACACCCGACGUAUGCUCAAGGGAGUGUACAAGACACUUGUGGCGCGUCUGCCGCCGGAUGAGACGUUCACUGGCGCAGCGGUGGCAGAAGUCGCCGCAGAGGUAGUCAGAGAGGCGCUGCAGAGAACGGAAACGGGACGGGUAGAGGGGCGGAGGACUCCAGUGACGGAAAAGAAAGAGGAGAGGAGCAGUGCGCCGCCAUUUGUGGCAGAGGACGAGUGUGUGGAAGCGGUAGAUUAGGUAGUAGACUGAGAUUAGAAUUGGGAGAAAGUGACUCGCUCAAAACGUGGCCUUUUGCCUCCGAUGUACUGUGUAUGCAUAUUGCUUGGUUUUAUCGUCCUUUCCAUUUAUACAAGCCAGUCAUUUAUUCUUCAAGUGCAGUCAUAAAGUAACUGGGUUUGUUGAAAUCAAAGGUAGGUACUCACUCGGGGCAUAGAAUGAGCUAACUUUGCGGGCGUCGCAGUAGAUCAUUGUGUGUCCGGUCGGCCCAUAACAUAAUUUACAUAAGCAUUGCUCGGAAUGGUAGCACGGCUUCUUUUAUCAAGUGCCAAAAGUUGUUCUGUGUUCAACUAAGAAGUCGCGGAUUGAAAUGUAGCGAGUGUUUGCUCGUGGUCGUGCGUGUUUGUCGCUUGUCAUACAGGCGUGCAGUCACAGGGUUUCUAAAGCCAUGUUCACUUUGUGAUCGGAAAUCUGUGAUAAAUUACUCCAUAAAAUUCCACUGCGCGGGCCAUGGCAGAGUCGGGUAGCUUGCUUUGUUGUGUGCUAUAUCACGAUAAUUGCAGUUUUUAUCAGUGUUUUGAAAACUUCGUUUUAUGGAAGAUCCAUGAAAUCAAUCAGAAUAUUCCAGUAUUUUACCCAUGUGUUAUGUUUAUUCCAUUUUACGAAUGUUGCAUCGUUAAUCAAAUAUACAAACAUACUGCUU